CCACCCCAGUGCCCCAGUUUACUGCCACUGUGUCCGUGAUCACUGUCCCAGAAUAUUUGUAAUAAAGAAUGCAGCAUGUAGCCCCUGUCACCUGUUCCAGUGAGCAAAAAAACCCCCCCCAUAAAUCAUACCAGUGUCCUGAUCACCGCUAUACCCCAAAUCAAUGCCCUGAUCACCGCCAUAACCCAUACCAGCUCCCUGAUCACCGCCAUACCCCAUACCAGCGCCCUGAUCACCACCAUACCAGCAUUCUGAUCACCGCCAUACCCCAUACCAGCACCCUGAUCACCGCCAUACCCUAUACCAGCAUCCUGAUCACCCCCAUACCCCAUACCAGCGUCCUGAUCACCACCAUAUCCCAUACCAGCGUCCUGAUCACCACCAUAUCCCAUACCAGCAUCCUGAUCACCACCAUACCUCAUACCAGCAUCCUGAUCACCACCAUACCUCAUACCAGCAUCCUGAUCACCACCAUAUCCCAUACCAGCAUCCUGAUCACCACCAUACCUCAUACCAGCAUCCUGAUCACCACCAUAUCCCAUACCAGUAUCCUGAUUACCCUCCUACUCCAUACCAGCGUCCUGAUUACUGCCAUA